AUGGAGGCGGCGGCAUACGUCUUUUUCACUCACUCCAGUGCCACUUUACUGGAAGUUACUAAGUUUCAACUCCAACUCCUACGGCCGCCAGCCAUUACUGCAGCAAUUGCUCGACAUGUGAAAAUGGCAUAUGCUGCCGUGUCUUCUCUGUUGCAAACCCUUGACUUGACUGUAAGUCUCAAUGUAGACAUGAGCCCUCAAGACAGUAAAAACUUUGCAAUGUUAGGUGAAAAGCUCACGUUUCUCAUAGGAUUCCUUGAGCGUUCUGUGACAAAGCAAGGUGACUGCGAAAAGGUGAAUACUUUAGAAACAAAGAUUGAGAAUGCAGUGCAUCGAGCAGAAGAUAUUAUUGAAACACACUCAUAUAGCAUGAGAAACAGUACAAAAGGCACAAGGAAGAGUCGAAAGAGGAGAUAUAAGAUUUCCCACCAAGGUUUGAUCGAAGCGCUUGAAGAAAUUGAAGCUAUCGUGAAAGAGGCAGUGGAGAUUAGUGAAAAUAGGCAUGGUCCAAGUAAUGUACAUGCGGGCCAGAACUUUAUCGGGAGUUCAUCAUGGCAUUCACAAAAUGCCGGAGAUUCAGUCGUGGGUCUUGACAAGGACUUGCUGAAAAUCAAAGAUCAACUCACCGGGUCCUGUUCCAAUCUCGAGAUCCUCACAAUUCUGGGGAUGGGGGGAAUCGGCAAAUCAACCUUGGCCAAAAAAAUAUACGAUGACAAAUUGAUAGUGUAUCACUUCUAUGUCCGUGCAUGGAUAACCGUAUCCCAAGAGUAUGAGGUCAAGAACAUCCUACUUGGCCUCAUACGUUCUGUGGCCCAGCAGACAGAUGACAUUUGUUCGAGAUACGAAGAGUCAGACGAGCGCCAAAGGCAGCAAAUUCAUCGACGCCUAUGUACCCAUUCCGACAUAUUUCCUUAUGCCGUCACCGAAUACUCAAAUCCACAAGUCCGUACCUUUCUAUCCUCGAAUUUAUCGGCCCAGUUGUUGUUCUUGGAGGUUUCUUUUCUCUCUCGCAUGGGUUUUAGACUUCUUAGGGUACUGGAUAUACUCAGUUACUAUUUCAGCCAGUUUCCUGUUCAAGUUUUAAAACUAGUUCAUUUAAGAUAUCUUGGUCUCUCGACUAGUGGUGAUCUUCCUUCAGAGGUAUCUACACGUAGCGAAAGCACAGGAAAAUGGUGCCUUCCAUUCCCAAAACGAGGAGGAGAAUUUCAUGUGUCGAUCUCUGAUCUCAUGAAUCUACAGAUUUUGAUCGUUCACUGGGGAUCUCAAGAGAACCACAUUCUUCCAUUCGAUAUCCGUAUGAUGUCACAGCUAAGGCAUGUCCGACUGAGAGGAGGCGUAAUUUAUUUUGACAAUCUCUUCUUAGAGGAAGAAAGUUCAUUUGUGCUACUGAACCUACAAACUCUAUUGACCAUGAGCUCCCACAAUUUCAGUAACCAAAUCGGAUCCUUCAUGCCUAACCUCAAAACGUUGGGAAUUCUAGUGAAUGAUGACGACAAUCUGGAAAAUUUGCUAAACUGCCUUUCUUCGUUACAGCAUCUCGAGAAACUGAAGUUGUCAUUCAGACCACGAAAUGGAAGAAGAUCAUCGGUCAUUUCCCAGUGGGAUGCAUUCCCUCCGAACCUGAAGGCUUUGACUUUAUCUGGGAGCCAUCUGCCAUGGAUAGACAUGGUCUCUAUUGGUUUAAAGGUUCUUCAAGUUUUGGCUUCUUGGGUUAAUGCUGCAAGCUACAAGCUGGAGUUCUGUGGAUAG